CCACCAAUCAAGGCUCUUCUUUUCCUUAAAAUUUUCAAAGAACAGGAAAAGGAGACACACACAAACACUCAAAACACAAAACACAAAACACACACAGAUGGAGUACUAUGAAAGUGGUUUCUUGGAAGAAUUAGUUGCCUUGAGAAGUGAUCAUUCAUGGGAAACAGCAGAAAGCUGCUUCAGCUGUUUCCCUGUGGGAAUGAAUAUUGUCCAUAAUGAUGAUGAGUUUUACUGCAACAAUUACAAUGUUAUUAGUGGCAAUAAUAUCGAUCUUGAUUAUGAAGGGAAAAACCCAUCACUACCCCUUCCAUCUUCUGCAACCACAGCUUCCUUUGAUCAAGGCUGCUCAAAUUUCCCGCCGUUUGACCGUUAUACCCUUAUGAGUUACUCCUUUGACGGUGAGUUCUACACCCCACUGCCCUUCGGAGAUGAACUAUCUCCUCCGCUCACGGCGGACUCCUACAACACCAAGCACGACACCCCGCCCGUCGCCGCCGCAUUCCAUUCCGGCCAGGAAGAUUUGUCGGCAAUCUUGGAUGAGGUUACGAAUUGCUUUCAUCAUCAACAAAACUUGGAGGCCAUGGAGAUCGGAUGUAAUAAUAAUGGUAGUAGACCGUGUAAAGUGGAGGCGGCGGUGCAUCAUCAAUCUUGCGGCCGUGAAGUGGCGAGCGGCGGCGGGAUGUGGCCGGAGAAGAGGAGCAAAGUGAGGAACCCCCAUGGCCAGCCUUCAAAGAAUCUGAUGGCUGAGAGGAGGAGAAGGAAAAGGCUUAAUGACAGACUCUCCAUGCUUAGAUCAGUUGUUCCAAAGAUUAGCAAAAUGGACAGGACAUCUAUACUAGGGGACACAAUAGAUUACAUGAAGGAGUUACUUGAGAAAAUCAAGAAUUUGCAAGGAGAAAUGGAGAUGGGGCAGAAUCAGCUGAUCCAGAACAGCAUCUUCAAGGAUGUGAAACCCAAUGAAAUGUUGGUGAGAAAUUCACCUAAGUUUGAUGUGCAGAGGAGAGGAGAAAGUGAUACGAAGAUCGAGAUUUGCUGUGCAGGAAAGCCCAGCCUUUUACUAUCAACAGUGAAAACAGUCGAGAGUUUUGGCCUGGAGAUUCAACAGUGUGUGAUUAGCUGUUUCAAUGAGUUCGCAAUGCAAGCUUCUUGCACUGAGGCAAUGGAGCACAGAGAAAUUUUGAGUGCAGAAGACAUAAAGCAAGAACUGUUCAAAAACGCAGGAUAUGGAGGAAGGUGCCUGUAGCUAGUAACUAAUAUAAUGAAUAAAUUAUAUAUAUAUGCCAAUUCAAGUGUAUAUCAGAAAGGGAAAAGUUGGAUGGGGUGGAUAUGUAUUGUGAGAUAGAUUCUAAAUCUUGUCCAAGGAGAUUUUUGAAUUGAAAAUUUGUAGUGAAUUUUCUAAUAUUUUGUAA